AUGGACUUUAUGGGGGAAUUGUACGGUGAUGAUUUGAGCACUGAAGGAAUCAUCUCGCAUGAUACAUUCACAGUUGCGACUACAAGUGGUGGAAAUGUUGGUUUUCAAAGAUUCGUAUUUGGAUGUAGUGAACAAACGGAGGGGACUUUUAAUCCUUACGCUUCUGGGAUUGUUGGAUUCGGAAGGGGUCCGGCGUCAUUAACCUUACAGAUACGUUCUUCCAUGGAAGGCAAGUUUGCUUAUUGUUUAGCUCCGGACUAUGAUGAUCAGUCCAGUACGAUGUUGUUCGGUCAAAGCGCCGUCGUUUCUGGGUCUGAUGUAGUUUCUACGCCAUUGGUGGUGAAAGUGCCGAGGAGUCUCUACUUUGUUACGUUGGAAGCAAUUAGCGUUGGAGACAAGAGGAUUGCCCUUACAACAGGUUAUUAUUCAAUUGAUCUAAGCCGGCCACUUUUGACAUGGAUAACAUUUUGUGGAGGAAGGAAAUAUGCUGCUGGACUCAGGCACAAGAGUGACAAUGUGCCAGCAGAGUUUCUGCAUUUAAUGGAAGAAGAACUAACACCACAUCUUGAUGGAGAAAAUGAUCGUGUAGAUGUCCCUGAUCGAAUGGGCUAUGCCGUAGAGCACAUUGAGGACAUUAUCAUGCCUCGCAUCGUUGUUCAUUUUAGAGGCGCAGAUGUGGAAUUAGAAGAAGCGAAUGUGUUUGAUUUUAUUGAAGGUGGCAUUGCGUGUGUUAGUUUCAGGCCUAUGAUAACUCAUCCUACCUAUGGCGCCAUGGCUUAG